AUGACUCUCUACUACACUUUGGUCUUCCUGCUCCUUGUGGCAGAGAUGGCGCUGUUCAUGCUGCUCAUCGUGCCACUCCCCUUCUCCGUCAGGAGAAAGAUGUUCACCUUCAUCUCCGAGAAUCGCUACGUAGCGAAAUUACAAUACGGGUUGAAGAUAACGUUCAUAUUCAUCCUCAUCCUGUUCAUCGAUAGUGUGAACAGGGUCUACCGCGUCCAGCUCGAGCUCGCGGCCGCCUCGGAGAGCAAUGGAAAGAAUGCACCCGCAAUCAUGGGCCACGAGCGCCUCGAGGUGCAGGCGCGCAAGUUCUACUCGCAGCGCAACAUGUACCUGUGCGGCUUCACGCUGUUCCUGUCGCUGAUCCUCAACCGCACGUACAUCAUGAUCCUCGAGGUCCUGCGCCUGGAGGAGAAGAUCAAGCAGUAUGAGGGCACCGACAAGAACACUAAGCAGGCCGAGAAGCUCGCGGCCGCCGGCGAGCCCGGCGAGAUCGCCCGCCUCAAGAAGGCCCUCGACAAGAAGGACGAGGACAUUGCCACGCUCAAGAAGCAGGCCGACAGCCUGAACAAGGAGUACAUGGACCUGACGGAGAAGUAUGGCCGGACGCAGCAGACUGGUCCUAAGAAAGAUAAUUAA